UAGGAAUUUCCUGUUACCAGAUAUCUUCUCAUCAUCAUCAGAAAUCUGUAACGGUUUUCAAUGGAAAUGGCCUUGACAGUGCGUUGAAAUUACAUGGCAAAGGAACUCUCGGGUGGCAUCGAAUUUGAUGCUCCGAAGAAGAGUCAGGACUGGUAGAAUUUUUGCAGGACGGUCCUGACUGCUUGGAUCGUUGACAUGUCAUUGCUUGUCAGUGAUUUGGAUAAAUGCUAACAUUAGCAAACAUUAGCUUAUCAAGCUGCAAUUUCGGCUACUUCAUAUAGGAUAGCUAGCCUGCCAGCUAACCUAUGCCAUUUUUACGUAUGUAACGACUGCAUGGAUGUGACCCCUUGCAACAGCACCGUAAGUCAUAUACGUAAGGUCGGCAGACCUUAUGUAUUAUUAUGGUCAACCAACCCCUGUUCAGUUAUAACGUGGCAUAGCUCGCCAGUCGUGUAACUAGCGCACAUAUCGUUAACAUUGCAGUAGGUGGUUUUGCGUCUGUGGUUGUAACAGCCUUAGCAAAUAAUAUUGCUAGCGGCACUGCUGUCAAGCUGAUUUACGUUAUUCUUUAAUUUAUCACAUGCUUAUUGGCAAUAACGGGCAACGUUUCUGGUGUAUUGCUUAUUUUCAGACAGCAACACACUCCUUCUGGCGUUUAAAACCAACAUAACGGGGUUGUGCGCCAGCGCUUAGAAUCUGUUGUGGUGCCUCCUCUCGCUGAAUCUGUGCGCAACCUUCCUCCCAGCUACCCAACACCAAAUGCUAGUGGUUGUGUGAGAUGUUCGUUUGUAAUUCUCUGUAGCUGAUAAGCUACUGCUUGAUUGCUUUGCAUAAGUAAUAUAAACAUACCGCACUACUCUAAGUCACAAUAACCAAUUGACAUGUUGGCAUGAUUAGGUCAUAUAUCACACCCCCUCGAGUCACGUACCGUUAGCUUUUCUCGAGUAGGCUAGAACACAAAUCCAGUGGGCACUGGGUGUGCAAGCUGUAUGCCACUGAAUUUAAUGCAACGUUUCAGCCAUCAUCACGUAAUUUCUGACUAGCUGUCAGUGUUGUCAUUUUUCAGAAUAACUCAGCUAUCUGCAUGUGAAUGUGCAUUGGCUAACUUCCCAGAUUUGAGUCGACGCUCAGCUUGCUUCAGCAAGCAAAAAAUCCCAUGGCAAAAUACAAGUGACUUCAUAUUUCCCUUGUUUUAGCACUAACAGAAAUCUGCCAGAUUAUAAUAUCCUAUCCUUUAGUUAAGGUAGCUGUCUUGUAGCCUAUGUUAUAAACGAAGGUUCAUGAACUGCCAAGACCUGCGCACAUAUCAGUAAUCAAAUCCACACUGGUCGCCCGCCUAUUACAUUUUGUUUGAGGCAAGCACUCGUCCAGAACUAAUAGCUAGAACUAAACAUGAAGAAGUUCUUUGAGACUCGUCGAGAGCUGGUCAGCUCUGGGCCUGGUUCUGGAGGGGGCGGCGGUGGAUCAAGCAGCGCUGGUGGCAACUUCAUCGGACGCGUCUUCACCAUUGGACGUCAUCAAGUCACCGUUGACGAAACUAUUGCCGAAGGUGGCUUUGCCAUCGUGUUCCUGGUGCGAACUCACCAGGGGGUGCGCUGCGCCCUGAAGAGGAUGUAUGUCAACAACGAGCACGACCUGCAGGUCUGCAAGCGGGAGAUCCAGAUUAUGAGGGACCUGGUGGGCCACAAGAACAUCGUGGGCUUCCUGGACUCGAACAUCACGGCGACGGGAGGAGGCGACGUCUGGGAGGUCCUCAUCCUCAUGGACUACUGUCGAGGAGGCCAAGUGGUGAACCUGAUGAACCAGCGUCUGCAGACGGGCUUCACGGAGCAGGAGGUGCUGCAGAUCUUCUGUGACACCUGCGAAGCGCUGGCCAACUUGCACCAGGCCAAGAUCCCCAUCAUACACCGAGACCUCAAGGUGGAGAACAUCCUGCUGCAUGACAAAGGCCACUACGUGCUGUGUGACUUCGGCAGCGCCACCAACAAGUUCCAGAAUCCACAAGCUGAGGGGGUCACCGUGGUGGAAGACGAAAUAAAAAAGUACACAACCCUCUCCUACCGCGCACCAGAGAUGGUGAACCUGUACAAUGGCAAGAUUAUCACCACCAAAGCUGAUAUCUGGGCCAUGGGCUGUUUGCUGUACAAGCUGUGCUUCUUCACCCUGCCCUUCGGCGAGAGCCAAGUGGCCAUAUGUGACGGCAGCUUCACCAUCCCAGACAACUCGCGCUACUCUCAGCCCAUGCACUGUCUCAUCCGUUACAUGCUGGAACCGGACCCUGAAAAGCGUCCGGACAUCUAUCAGGUGUCCUAUUUUGCUUUCAAGAUGGCCCGCCGUGACUGUCCUGUUCAGAACACCAAGAACUUGCCAAUCCCCUCCAAACUCCCGGAGCCCAUUCGCGCCAGUGAAGCAGCUGCCAAGAAGAGCCAGAGCCAGAGCCAGAAUAAGGCCAGACUGACAGACCCCAUCCCCACCACGGAGACCUCCAUCACCCCUCGGCAGCGUCCCAAGGCGGUGCAGUCCCAGGCCCAGCCCAUAGGUGGCAUGCUCCCCAUCCAGCCUGCCGCCCUCACCCCGCGCAAGAGAGCCAACAUCCCAGCAGCGGCCGCUCCCCAGCCCAUAGGUGUGAAUCUUGCUCAGCCAGCUGCAGCACUGCAACCACAGAAGGCCCAGCCCUCCCCUCCCGCCGCCCCCGAGGCCAAACAGUCAGCAACAGCAGCGCCUCAGGCCCCGUCCGCUGCUGCUGCUGCAAGCCCCGCCCCUCCGAAAGCAGCGGACCAACCGCCGUCCAGCCCUGCAACACCCAUGGCCCCGGUGCGUGGGGCUCGGCGUAAACCACCCACGGCCCCCACUACUGCUACUCCACCCACAGCUGCCCAGCAGCCAAUCGCAGCAGCUCCGGCUACCACAGGACAACAGCAGCAGCCAGUAGCAUCCCAGCAGCUGGCCAAUCCCCAAGCAGCAGCCGCACAAGCUCUGGCCAAUCAAGAAGAGGCUGGAGACACGGCUGCUGGGGUGGGCCAGUCCCAGACGCCCCCCUCCUCUCCACACUCGGCCCAGCGCGGGGGCCACCGGCGUAUCCUCAGCGACGUUACCCACAGUGCCGUGUUCGGGGUGCCCACCAGCACCUCAAACCAGCAGCUGCAGGCGGCCGCCGCAGAGGCCGGCCUCAACAAGUCCAAGUCGGCGAGCACCACGCCGUCCAACUCUCCCCAGUCGUCUCAGCAGAGUGUCUACCAGCCUAGCCAAGCAGGAAGCACCCCGUCCAGCGUGCCUGCCGCAGCCGCAGCCCAACCGGCCUGGAACCCGUUUGGGGAUGACAAUUUCUCCAAGCUCACCGCCGAACAGCUGCUCAACAAGGACUUCAGCAACCUGGCGGAUGAGAAGCCCCCUGAUGCGGUGAGUGACGGCUGCACUGGGGACCUGCUGCCGGGCAUCUCGGCGCUCUCUGCUGAGACCAGCUCCAGCUCCAGCUCCGCGGCACCCGCAGAGAGACCUACUGAUAUCCUGGGUCUGGAUGUCUCUGCUUCCCUCCUGAGUGUCCCUGUGCAAGAGAAGCUUAUUGAGGGGCUCAAGUCCCCGGACACAUCAUCCCUGCUGCUCCCCGACCUGUUGUCCUUGAACGACCCCUUCGGCAGCUCGCUGGAGCCCCCUGCUGAUGCCGCAGCAGCAGUGGAUCCUGAGGUGUGUGACUCUCUCCUCCCAGGUCUGGUCCCUCAGGGCUCGCAGCAGGUGGACACCGAUUCUCUGAUUGGUGAGAACUCACUGUUGGGCAGUGCCCUUCCCACUGACUCCGCCUCCUGUCUUGAUCAAUUCGACCCGGUCUCCGGAGGGCCCUCUCAGCCCAUAUCAGACUCGUCUUGCCUUCUCUCCGGCCUCGAGCCCCCCCUGAGUGUAGAGAAAGGCACAGAGGACGAGUUUGAUCCCAUUCCCGUCCUGGUCUCCAAAAACUCCUCCCAAGAUGUUCAGCAGAAUGUGAACGGCUAUGGGGUGUAUGCAGAGGCUCAGGCACUGCCCCUGAUAGAGCCUCUUGUGGAGGGUGGUGGAGGUGUUGGUGGAGGUGGGGAGGCAGAGGGAGGUACCCUGGAAGAGGAGACUACUACUGUGGUGGACCCCUCUGGCCAUUUCCUGUUCCUUCUGCAGACAGACGACGACGGUGGCGGUGGCGGUGGGGGUGAUAGUAUGCAGCCUCCACAGCACCAGCAUCAACAACAGCAGCAGCAGCAGCCACAGGUAGCCAUGACACAGGAUGCACAGAUGCCGUUUGACGAUGUGUUUACAGGUGCACCGUUCCAUGUAGGUGGUGGUGGUGGUGGCGGCGGCGGUGGUGGCUGCGGGGGGGACGUGUUUAGUAGUGCCCCGUUCCUGCAGCCCCACCUCAAGGCCUCUGGCCACGCCGUCCCUCCCCUGAUGCAGCCCCCGGCGUCCACCACCCACACCCAGCCAGCCCAGCAACAGCCAGACAUCUUCCUCCAGGCUCCCUUUGGCAAGAGGACCCUCUCUGCCCCUGCAUGCGGAACCACCCCCUCCCCCCUCCUCCAGUCCGUCCAGCCCGUCCAGCUGCCAGCCACAGCCACAGCCCAGACCUGCAUGUACCCCCCCGGCACGGGAGCACCUGAGCACCCCACUCCCCACCUGGCUCUCUCGGGCCCCCUCAACCAACCCGUCCAGCUGCCAGCCACAGCCACAGCCCAGACCUGCAUGUACCCCCCCGGCACGGGAGCACCUGAGCACCCCACUCCCCACCUGGCUCUCUCGGGCCCCCUCCACCAACCCGUCCAGCUGCCAGCCACAGCCCAGACCUGCAUCAUGUACCCCCCUGGCACGGGAGCACCUGAGCACCCCACUCCCCACCUAGCUCCCUCGGGUUCUCUAGUGGGCCCCGCUCCCCUCCCUGGUUCUGCUCCCCUCCCUGGUGCCGUGCUUCCCGUCCGUCCGGCCCUGACCGUGGGCAUGGGGCCUCCCCCCGUGCGCCUGCUGCGGUGCGUGGAGGUGCCCCUGCCCCAGCAGCCCGUGGCGGCCCACCGCGUGGUCUCGUCCGUGGGCCAGCAGGCUGCUGUGGGCUCGGUGCCGGUCGGGCCGCUGCACUCCUGGACGACGGUGGGUGUUGGGCGCACGGUGAUGGACCCGUUUACAGCCGCGCCCUUCCACCCCAGGGGUACACAAGGGAAGCCUUAGCAAGCCCGGCUCGGCUCAGACCCUUGUCUGGUCUGGUCUGGUCCAUCUUGGCCUCGCAUCCUACUUUCAAAACAAAAUCACACACAGCAUGUACAAGCACACACCAACACUGUAAUAAUAUGAGCG